AUGCCGACCGUUAUCCAAACGCACGACGAAGUUGAUUUAGUCCAAAUAUCCAUCUCCGACACCAACAAACACACCAUCGUGACCUGCCAAAACGGCUUCGUGUACAUGAUCCUCCGCGCCGAGCAGCAACACCUACACCUCGACCUGCGACCCGAAAAUAUCUGGCUGACCGUGCUCGCCCAGUUCAGCUUCUUUCCCAGCGGGGGUUGUUCACGCGUCAGCAUUGCGCGACCUCUUGUCGGCCAUAACGGCCAGUACGAUCUCGUCAUCUUCGUCAAAGGCAGGUCGAACAUCGACAACAUUGACGUGGCAUUUUAA